UUAUUUUACAAUAUUUUUUCUUUAAUUUUAGCCACCGGCUAAUAAAGCAAAUAGGAAAGUUUUAAUGAGUGAAGCUGAAGUUAGGCGUCUGGAAGCAGACAUUAAAAGAGAACAACGAAUCAGAGAUAGAGAGAAGAGAUUAAAUGAUGAAUUGGCGCUGAAACGAGCUAUGGCAUUGACUCAGCAGAGACAAACUACCCUACAGAAAAAUGUUCUUUUACCACAGUCUUCUUCACUAAAUAUGCAUAGGACUCCAUUAGGCACCUUUGUUUCCCAGCCUACUUCUACUUCUGGAAUAAUUGGAAAUGUCUCAAACUAUCAGACUGUUGUUAGCAAUGUGCCUAGGACUCCAUCAGGCCCUGCUGUUAAGACACAAAAAGGAACUCCAAAAGUACCAUUACCUGCUAUUGUUAAACAAGCUGAUGCUGAGCAAUUAAAUGCAUUGCUGCAAACUGUAUAUAAGAGGAGAGCCUUAAAAGCAUCUGGUGCCACCAUCUCAACUCCAAAUAAAGGGGAAAGUUCUAAACUUGGAGAUUUGCCCAAUGUUAAGUUUUUGGUUGUUACUGCGAAUUAUAGUGAUUUGGAUGUUUUACAUCAUCUAAUAUACAUGACCGAUGCAGUUAAAGCCAAAGUUAGAAAAAAUAUACUUGAUUUUUCUGGUUUUGGAUUUAAUGAAGAUUCUCCAUUGUACAAAGACAGAAUAAUGUUUCUAAAUACUUUAGGAUAUGAUAUAUCCAAACGAAUUGCAUUUCUUUUAGGCUUAUGUCCUUAUAAAACAAACAUUGAUAAGCAAGAUUUGAAUGAACUAAUUCUGUAUUUUCUUAUGUCACCUUGUAAAACUAAACAAGUUCCUAUUACACAUUUACCUCAAACUUUCUUCAGUAAAAAUAUGCCAGAAGAAUUAUGUUUGCUGAUGCAAAAGCAUAGUGAGCUAGAUAUAUCUCCCAUUCCUGUGGAUUCUAAUGUUGAAGAAAGUCAAAUUAAUUUGUCGAAACCAUCAUCAUCAUCAAUAGCAGGGUCACCAUUAGGUGCUUCUUCAAGUACUAGCUAUAUUAAACCCCAUCCUGCAGGCCCAAAGGCAAAGAAAAGUUUAUUAACAUCAAAACUGAAAAAGACAACCGUUUCUCCUUCAUCAUCAAGUACACCUUUCCAAAAUGCUGCAGUGCUGCUGAAACCAAACACAUCAAAAUCAAUGGAUACCGCCUUACAGAAAGCAAUUUUGAAAACUAGUUCACUAAUACCUGAACCUGUUUCUUCACCACAAGAGUUCCUCGUUCAACAACUGACACCUGAUGGCAGGCAAAAAACAUAUAAAUUAAUAAAACUUCCGAUGAAUCACCCUCUUACGACAGCCUUAAAACCUCAAAUUCCAAUUACCACUCCUUCUCCGGUUAUUCAGUUGCCUCCUAUUCAGACUACCGCUUCUUCUAUUCUACAGAAACCAUCAAAUUCUACUCCAAACAUACCAACACCGCCAGUCCAGGUUCCUACCUCUGGUUCCAUUAUACAGACACCACCAGUUCAGUUUACUUCUCAAACUUCCUUACUUUCAACACCACCAGUUUCUUUGAGUUCUACUGCUGUUAAUACACCUGGAAUGGUGAUACCACCUGGAAUCAUCAUUUUUAAAGACAAUAAAAAUAAUCCACCCUUAGCUAUUACAAGUGUGCCAAAUAAUAACUUGCAAACUGUUCCAAUCAUUUUUGGCCAACAGAGUCCAAUUAUCUUGCCUCAAAAUGUUAUAACUGCUCCACCUGAAGCUAGCACAAAAUUAAACGUUCCUUCUCCAAUAAAUGCACUAACAAAAGUCAUUCUCCCACAAAAUGUUCCAUCUUCUCCUAAAAAGGCAUCAACAUUGUCAGAAAAAGAAGAUUUAACAAUAGAGGAAACUUCUGCAGCAGUAGCUCCUGAAUCUCCAAUUCAAGUGAAAAAAACAAAUUUAGAAACCACCAAAGUUGUCAGUGGACCAGCAUCUAAAUCUCCUUUCUCUAAAAUAGGACCUGGGAAAAAAUUUCAACUUCCAAUUCAAGUGAGCAAAACAGCUGUGAGUCCAGUGAGAAAACCGAUAAAAAGCAAUCCACCUACAGAUAAUGAACUUUAUUCAAGCAUUAAGAGGAUAAUUUUUAAUUCUGAUCCUGAGCAGAUCACUCUUGGGAAUGUUAUUGAGAAAGUAUCUGUACAGUAUGCAAGCCACAAUUUAAAAUCAAGGACUCGUUUUAUGAAAGAUUGUGUAAAGAAGAUUAUACUUGGAACUACUUGAAAAAGAAAUUGUAUGUAAAACUGUGGUUUCAUUACAAUGCAUCAUUCAUUUGGCAUCAUUCAGGAACUCAUUCAUCAUUGUGUAAAGAAUUCAUAUGGAUUGUUUAUCAAACUUAUUUCUAUGUAUGUUCCCAGUGCAUCAUAUGCAAUUUUAAAUCAUUUUUAUGAUCCAUGUUUCUUAGUUUUUAAAAUGUAAAUGUUGGGAAUUGUCUUUUGUGUUAUAUUGUAAAUAAAAAAGAAAAGAAAGGUGUGUAAAAAAGUUUAUUAAAGUGUGUUCUAUUAAUAAUUAUUUAUUUUCUUUCUUCUAUAUUUAGUUUUUAUAACUCCUAAAACUUAUUAGUUUCUUAAAACUACCCCAUAAUAGAAAUUAAUUACUAUGUUCCUGUCAAGUGAUUUAAUAAUCAAAUUAAACAAUUUUUCCUACUCACAAAAACUUUUAAAAGCAUAGAUUUUUUUUUUUUAAUUUUGUAAUUUAAUUUUUGAAAAUAACCUUCAACUAUAUGAAAUUUUUGUCAUGUUUGAAAUAUUUAUUAUUGGCAUUUUUUGCAUGCUUUAAAUAAAUAAAAAAUUAACUAACUUCAAAUAAUUUACAUCUAAUGCUCAAAUUCCUGCAUAUCCAUAGUUAUAUACAAUCUUUAGAAAUAUAUUUUGUAACUAUGAUGAACUAUUUAUAGUGCGAUUGUGAAUGGAACUUAAUAUUGAAAUAAAGUAGAUUACUUUGCUGACUCCUUCAUAUGGUUUUACAUCUCAAAAUCUCCUUUUUUAUAUUUUAAAAUAUAUCAUUACGGUAGUUAACCAUCUGAUAGUACUGCUUUUAAAAAAUAUAUAUUUCGCCUGCAUGUUUUUUUUUUAAUUUGCUAAGUUUCUCCUAUAAUGUUUAAUAGGAAAAUGAUGCAUACCUGGGAAAUGUUCUCAAAAAUUUUCUCAUUUUUGAAAAUGCCAGAAGGUUAACCUUCCGAGUAUCUGCCCUGCUUUUCCCCGUAGCUGCAGGUAAUCUGCACUAGAAAAAAUGACUAUACAUAUGAUGUUCAAUGGAAAAGUAAGUCUGCAGCUGGGAAAUGUUCUUAAAAAUGUCCCUAUUAUUUUUGAAAAUGCCAAAAUCUGAGUAUUUGGCUGUUAUUUUUACAUUGCAUUUCUUCCUUUUUUUGCAUAAAAAUAUUUUUUAUGUUAUUCAAUAGCAAAGUAGUGCAUAGCAGGGGAAUGUCAGUAUAAUUUUGUCUCGGUCUCCAUGCUUGUAAGGUUAAUAUGUUUAUGGCCAGUCAUAUUUGAAAUAUAAUGUACCUUAAUUGAAUUACUAACAUAAAUAAAUAUUAAAUUUAAUAAUGCAUGUGUAUUGCUUGUUUCCUUUCUUUUUUAAACUCUUAUUUUCUGUUAAAACAUUAAUUUAUGUUAUAAAAAUAAUAUUUAAUAAAGUAAAAGAAUGAGUGCCGAAAAUUUACACUAAAAGCAAAAUAAAGUUAAGAAAAAAUUGAUUAAAUCAUUCUCAUUGAUCAAAAUUUUGUAAAAGGCUCAGAAUUUUUGGAUCAAUUAAAUUUGUCGACUUUUGUUUUAAACAGUGAAGUAAGUAAAUGCUUGUCACUUCUGGAAUAUUUGUUUCAAUAUCUAUUGAAAAGCACAGAACAUUUUACUGUUGAAAUAACUGUUAAUGUUGUGUUUAAUAACUUUUAUCUGGACAAGUUUAAUAUAAUAUAUUAUAUAUUGUAUAAAUUUACACUAAAAGCAAAAUAAAGUUAAGAAAAAAUUGAUUAAAUCAUUCUCAUUGAUCAAAAUUUUGUAAAAGGCUCAGAAUUUUUGGAUCAAUUAAAUUUGUCGACUUUUGUUUUAAACAGUGAAGUAAGUAAAUGUUUGUCACUUCUGGAAUAUUUGUUUCAAUAUCUAUUGAAAAGCACAGAACAUUUUACUGUUGAAAUAACUGUUAAUGUUGUGUUUAAUAACUUUUAUCUGGACAAGUUUAAUAUAUUAUAUUUUGAGGUAAAAGUUCACUGACAGAGCAUAGUUUUUAUAAAAUUUAAUGGAAUGUUGCAAAUCAAAUCUAGACAUCUUGUUUUUCCUGUCUUUUACUUUGUUGAUCGUGCUUAUCAAGUAAGUGAAGUUAAUUACUUAAUAAAUCAAGAAAAAAGUGCGCUUUCAUGAAAAAUGUGAUACUAUUUCUUUUUGAAAAACAUUCAAAUAUAAAAAUUAUCAAUAUUGUUCCAUAAAGUUAUUAAAAUAUUCCUACUUUCAGCCAUUAACUAUAGUUUUUUUUUUUCGUGUAGUUGCAAGGUUUCAUAUAAAAAUUGAUUUCCACUAUUAUAUGCAGUUAAAAUGGGGUAUGCAAAUUUUCACAUUAUAGUUUAAAAUGAAUAUUUCUUUGUAUAAUGGGUUAAUAAAAAAUAAUUUAAUAUUUUAAACUAUCCACAAUAAAUAUAAUCAUAUCAUUUUGUACCUAUUUAACAAGCCUACUUAGCUUUAGUCCCAGAUUUUCUGAACUUAACUAGUUGCCCUCAAAAUGAGUCUCACCCUAUCUUAUUCUAUGGAGAAGUAGUAGAAAAAAGAUAUGAAAAUUUAAUCCCAGCAACGAAUGUAUAUGGAGAUUCAAAAUUGUAAAUAUUUGCAUUUCUUAAUGUUUUGUUUCAUCAACAUUCUAUAUCAUUAUUACUUCAUAUCAUACAUUUUAACCUUUUCAUUUAAUGUUAUUUAUGUAUAUUUAACUGUAUAUACUAAUAAAAAGUUUUCUACAAUCUUA